CGCUCGNACCAACUACGUGCUGUCCAAUGACUACAAGACGGUCACCUUCAUGUUCGGCGGGAUGGUCGCGACCACGGACGGGUCGCUCGCGGACAAGAGGAAGUCUUGCCAGAUGUCUUUCAAUAUGAUCUACCCGGAUGGCUGGAGCGUCUCCAUCGGUCAGGCCACGGGCCGCGGCUUCGCUGACAUCGCCAAGGACUCCGCCGGCAUCUACGAGUCACACUACUACUUCUCGGGACAAACGGGUACGGCSAKGAUCGAGCGCAAAAUCGGAGGYCCGCAGGUUGGCAGCUUCGAGUUCACGGACGACUUCCUGACGUUUGUCUGGAGCGAGUGCAACAACGCACCCAACCUGAACAUCAAGACGGUGGUGAGAGUGGAGGGYGCGAAGGCUGUGAUGGCGCUCGACUCCCAGGAUACCAAGUUCCAGCUCAUCUUCAACCUCCAAUGGAGGCAGUGUCCGCAGAACUGAGAACCCUACCCACCCACCAUAUCGCAGGCGGAGGAUAGCGGGUGAGGAGAGUCGGAGAUGUGGGAACUGGGCAGCUGUGCCGUCUUGGAUAUCUUUAGCGGAAUCAG